CUGGAUGAUUGCACCAUUUCUGUGUGAGUAAAUACCUAUAAAACUACAGACUGACAGCAGGUUUAUGGAAAUGCACAAGCUUGUAUGCAUAAGAGUAUCUGACUCCUAAGAUCAAGUGGUUUAAAUUACUGUGAAGCCGUCUUUCUGAUCAUCGUAGAACAGCAGAUAUCUCUCCUUUCAGUGGGCUGUAAUUUGUACUUCAGCUGAGAUUACGCCUCAGUUGUCUCUGACGCUCCUGUUGAGGGUCUCCUGCAGUGUUUUUGUCAUGUCUGGUUCCUGAACGGGAGGUUUCCUGCAUAGAUUUGUGUCCUGCAGAGUUUUAGGGGAGAGAGGAGUCAGUUGGGUAAUUUGGAGGAAGAAAGAGGCCCAAAGUUUCCAGAAGGAUCCAAAGAGUGGAGCAGCAUGAGCUCUCGAAGGGGAGAGGAGGGUGAGGAGGGAGGGCAUGCAACAGUGGACCACACACACCUGAGAGUUACAUCACAUAGCAAAGAAGAACAUUCAGACAAUCCCUCAGCUUUAGAAAAGGUUCAAAUCCUUUAUCCUUUGCCUCCUUUGCAAAAGGGAUAAGGACCAAAACCAGGACUGGAUGGUCCUGAUCUUCAGGGCAUUAAAAACAGACAGGACUCUGGAGUGGGAAUUACCGAAUCGAAAAGACGACCGGACUUACUUGGGACAUUUCGCCAAAGAAUUGGAAAUCAUAGAUGCUGCAUCCUCAGUUUUAAAGAGUAGGGGGCCUUGAUCAUUAGAGUCCAUAUCAUGGGUAGUUUAGAAUCACUCCAAAAACCAUUGACUGUGAACACAGUUUAAACACUGCAUCCACAAAUGAGGUUCAAACUGAACCAUGAAAGAGGAGAUUAGAUAGAAUCAGGAUCCAUAACCACCUGGAUUAGAUGGUCUUUUUGGAAAUCCUGGACCCUCAUCCUCCUCUCCAGGGAGGAGGACUCAAAUCACCUUUAAAAAACGCAAGAGGUGAAUAAAGGAAACCCUGAAUUGUUGAGCAGCUGAAAUCAUCUAUCAGGCCAGAAUGGGACCACAUUUUCACUUUCAGACUCCAGAACCUGGUCUGCUGGAUUCACUGAGGUCUACAGUGUCAUAAGAACAUGUUUUUACUCUUAUUUUUUACAACAUCCAAACCCUCAUGGAGUUGAAGUUGUUGCAUUUAAAGUCAUCUGUACAGAGAUCGCUAACUUGAAAAGUUCAGUUAGAUUAGAGAUACCGCUCAGAGUCUGAUUUACUGAAGGACUGCAGGUCUGCUGCACACAGUAAAGUCCCAAAGACAUUGAUUCAUUCACAAAGCAUGCACACAGGUUUAGAUGCAUCACAAACUAGGCUGCAGCGAUGCUCAGAUACAAACUAGAGCGAACUGCACAGAGCUGUGAAACUUAGAUGGUUUUAGAUUCCUCUUCCCACUAGUCCAUCCUUCACACUCAGGUAGGGUUGCCAACUCCCUAAAAAAGAAAUAAGGGACACCUCACUGGCAGGGCCUGAUUGCCUUCACCCUUCCCAGUAUGAUGAAUUUUUCAGACCCUUUUCUGUGUGUGAAACAAUUUAAGAAGAUGCAUCCCUUUUCAGCUCAAUACAGAACGCAUACAUUUGUUUCUAAAUACGGGAUGAUUCUGUUUUGUUCUGUUUUUCAAGGGACAGUUGGCAAGCCUACACUGAGGUGGGGUAAAGAUGAUAAAAAGUCAAAGAGUCCACGACACCUUUAGUUCAAGAGGGGAAACAAUCAGACAGAGUGCAUAAAUAAAACCUAUAUUAGAGCUAAAUGGUCGGUUUGUAAGUCGCACACACACAUAGCCAGUCUGACCCCACGCUGCAGAAAACAUGCUGUAGGUUCUUAGCAGAAAAACUCAACAUGUGCACCACUCCUCCUUCCCAGAAGCAGCCAUAUUUUCCUGGUAUGAGUCCCGCUCCUUGAACCCCCUGCCACUCAUAACCCGGCACCAGUGCAGCGUUUCCAAUCUGUUUUUUCAGGGUCGGUAUAGAAAGAGGGGGAACGGGCUUUAUGAUCUGUGGGGGCCCACACUGUCUUCAGGAACUCCCUCUCUGUUCAGUAUUGUUGGACCUGUUUUGAGGUCGGACCUUGAAAAUGUCCUGACUGGUAAUCAGCAGUUUUUAAGAUGAUCAAACAGGCUCCUUUAUGGCGGAGGACAAAGGGGCUGACAGGAGAGGUGGGGGGGCAGAGAUGACAAUAGAUUUCCUCUUUCUUUCUCUUUCCCACUCUUACUAUUCAGGAGUUUUUUCUACUUUCCACAGGAAUGUUCUGGUGCUUUCUCACAUGGUUAAUGUUAAAGAAAAACACUCUGACCCGAGGAUGCUUCAAUACCUGCACACAGUGUGAUAAAAAUGUGUGUUUUAGACAUAUAAGACAUGAAAUACACAAUCUGGCUUCAGUGAUUCCAACACACCAGAAACAUUGUCUGAUUAUUAGAAAAAUAUCUUUUUUUUGUUGUUGUUGCUUAUUUCAAAUAGAAUGUUUUUGUUCAUUUUCAAGUUCAUUUCAAAUCGUAUGUCUUCAGCUUAUUUACCAACAAUCUGCACACAUUAGUGGACCUUGUAGACCAGUUUCUGGAGUUUAAAGUGAAAUUAUGUCCAAUUCUUGUCUGCAAGAGCACAGGGUGAGGCAUUCAUGAUUUAAAAAGAGUUAUUCAAUUUUAGAUCAGUCAGAUUUUAGGACAGUUUGAACCUGAUUAGUUCAUGGAGUGAUGAUGGCUUUUGAAGUGAUCUAACAUGGACUCUGAUGAUCCCCAAGCCAUCAGGGAUGCUGGAUUUGAAAUGAGAGCUGAGAACAAGACCCCCCUACUAUUAAAAACUGAGGAUGCAGCAUCUAUGAUUUCCAAUUCUUUGUUGAAAGGACAACUGGACCAACUUAAGUCUCAAGUCAGUCCAGUUGUCCUUUCCAUGCGGUAAUUCCCAAUCCAGAGUCCUGUCUGUUUUUAAUGCCCCGAGGAUCAGGACGAUCCAGUCUUGGUUUUGGUUCUUGUUGGAGAUGUUCCUCCACCUUUUUUUUUAGUUUUUUAAGCAUAACAACUCUUUACCUGUUUGGUUGUUUUUUUUCUGGCAUCAUACUUAUAAAUAUAAAAAUGUUCACUGAAAUAUUUGUUGUUUUGUCUUUUCAGUAUAUCAGUUGAAUAUAAAUUCAUCAUAAUCUUUUCUUUUUUUUUUAUUGACAUUUGCAGUCCAAACUUGUGCAGAAAAAACUGCAGAGCUGCUCCGUCUGUACAUGUCACUUGGUUAAGAACAAAAUUAAUUCUGAAUCCACUUUUAAAAAGGUUAUAAUUUGGUGUUUUGUGGUUAAAAUGUGUCUGUGGAGGGUGAACCUGUGCUCAGUUGUGAACAGUUCAGUGAAACAGGCGUCAGUCUGACCACCUGUUAACUCGGAGUAUCCAGAACUUUGAAACUUUUCCAAGAAAACACACACACACACACACACACACACACACACACACACACACACACACACACACACACACACACACACACACUGUACUAAGUGUUUGCGCCUGAAUUCAAAGUGUGUGGCUGCAUGUGAGGAGAGCAGGGGGGUGAGUUUAAGGAUUUUACCUCCCAGCCAAUAUAACUGCAGGAAACCCCACUGUAACAGCCAAUCAUUGCUAAGGAAGCUCUGCAGCUGGCCAAUCAUGACCUGAGGAGGGAAAGCAGAUCCACGUGGAGCAUAGGACAGCCCAAAACACACACUCACACACAGAAAAUAACAAGAUGUUCUAGGAAUUAGAGAGGGAAAUGAGAAAAAAAAAAUACAAAAACACGAGAGGACAAAAAAGCAGAAAAUGAAGGAGAAGAAGCUGUGUGUGUGUGUGUGUGUGUGUGUGUGUGUGUGUGUGUGUGUGUGUGUAGGGGGGGGCUGAAAGGGUAUUUGAAAAAAAAGAGGGUAAAGAUGGAAACAAUUUAACCCACAUAAUACUGACAUGUGACAUGUGCAAAAUGUUCAUAAAACAACAGAAUCAUAUGUUUGAAAAUCCCUGUAGGUUCUUAGUUAUCCAGUUUACGGUUAUCCAAUUCUGUGGACGUUUUAAUGUCGGUUUUUAUUUUAAGAAGUGCAUCAACAGAAAUUUAAAUGCUGGAAAUGAAAAACUACUUAUUUUAAAUGUAAUGCACCAAAACAUUUUUGAAGUUCUCACUUCAUUCACAGUUAUAUCCAGCUUCGGUUAAAGCUACUUGAGGUGAUUUGGCUGGACCUACAAGUCUAUAUUUUGCUUGUCUAUGUCGUGGACAAAAACAAUUACCAAGCACUUCAGCAGAACUCAAACAGUGAAAACAACGUCAACCUUUAGUGACAGCUUCAUCUAUUUUUACAGGUGAGAGAAUUGAUCUCCAACUGCAUCAUUUUGGUAUGUUAGUUUAUCAAAAGUUUAAUUUCAGUCCAGUUCCAGUCGGACUAACAUAUAAACCUGUGUUGUUAAAGUACAGUUCCAGUAAGGGUGACAUGAGAAAUCUUUUUUUUUUUUCUAAAUGUAAAAGCUGAAAAAGUUUUGUCAUCUCUAAUUGAUGAGGUUCAAUUUCAACCUUUCUCUGAUUUCUCUGGACCUUGACCCCUAAAAGAGUCUGCUGCUGCUGUCAGGAUAAAGCUGCUCAUAUUUUGGGACUCUGUGUGGAGGAAUCUCAGAGUUAGAUUUCAGCCGACUGAUACAAAAACACUUAAAAGUUUUUUUUUUCUUUACUGUAAAUCCUUUACGCUAACUGUCCUCUGUUAGACACUCUCCUGCUGCUCACACAUUUGUUUGCUGUGUUGUCAGCUGUUAAUAUUCACACCGAGCAGGAAGUCCUCUCCUGCUGUUGCCGGUUUGCUGUGUGUGUGUGUGUGUGUGUGUGUGUGUGUGUGUGUGUGCGCACGCGUGUGUGUUUGUUUGUUAAAGCAAACAGGAGUGUGUGACGCAGCCUCUUCAUCUAACAGCUGCAGCGGUGACAAAUGUUGUGACAGCAAACCGUGAACGAGUUCAGCAGCUCUGAGACGUUAAAAACACUUUCACACUGAGGUACUGUUAACGCAACCAAACCCUGACAGCAGGACAUUAAUCCACUAAGUUGGUGCAAACAAGACAACACAAUGAUACAAAUGAUCUGUAUGUUUAAAUAUGAUGUUUAUUUUUGAGUUAUCCAUGAUUUUAAGACAUUUUUGUUUGUUGGUCAAUCAGAUUUCUUUCACUAUCAUCUACAAGUCUGAAAACACUGAUAUGUUGAGCUGUUUGUACGACACACCGUCAGUCUUUCAUAAAAGUGUUAUGACCUUUAACCUCUGGUCCUCUCUUUCAACGACACAUUUUUACUUUCUUAUUGUAAAAUUAUUACAAUGAACUCUUCUGGAAUCUUGUGCAUGUUUGAGAUUUAAAAGCAACUGAGACGUGAGGGCUCUCAGUGAGGACGCUCAGUAAGGACACUCAACAAGGAGGCUCCUUCAGGGCACUCUGUGAGGGAGCUCUGUGAGGAGGCUCUGUGAGGAGGCUCCUUAAGGGCCCUCUGUGAGGGAGCUCUAUGAGCAGGGCUAAGGCGGCUGGCUCUGAUGAAAAACUGGCUUACACUCACUGACUAUUAACUCCAAAAUAACUAGUCCAGUUUAUCAAACUGGGCUGCUGGUCUGUUACUCGAAUUAGUGAACACACCACAGCAUCACAAACACACCUCCUGACACACUCAGAAAACAGGUUAACUGAACUGGUUCCACACAUUUCUCAGGGCUAACAUGAACACAAGGCUCCUUUCUUAAACUCCCACAUGACCGAGAAAUCAAACUUAAAGGGGAAUUCCACCAACUUUACAUAACAAAGUCAGUUUAGUAGCUGCAUGGAGUCCAGGCAGCCUGUGAAAUGACAGAGUGGUUGCUGCAGUUCUGGAGGAAAUGAGUCAAAUGACAUCUUCAGUUUCUUGAUUUGAGCCAAGAAACGUUGAAUUACAUAAAGACAGCCUGUGAUAGGAACAGUGGGUGUUUGGGAUAAAUGGGUGUAAACCAGACAAAGGUAAAAAGGUGUCUUCAUGCUGAGUUGGUUCAGUUUCAGAUCAAGUCUUUUUGGAUUUGAUCGCCCCCUAAACAUUAACAUACAGUCUGAAGACCACGGCGCUAAGUGAAUUUAAUAAUUCUGCUAGUUUAGCGCUGCACAAUCUGAGCACUAUGUGAGAUGGGAUGAUUAUUCAAAGGUGUGAUUUUUUCUAGAGAUCUUAAAAUGAUCCUUCACUGGAAAAACUGAGAGCUCAUCUUGGUUUUCUGAAGAUAAGAUAAACCUUAACUCAGGCGUGACGGGACAUGGAUUGUCUAGACAAGUGGUUCUCAUGUCCAGUCCUUGAGGCCCACUGUCCUGCAUGUUUUGGAUGUUUCCCUGCUCCAACACACCUGAUUCAAAUGAUUAGCUCGUUAACAAGCUCUUUAAUGGCUUAAUAACGAGCUAAUCAUUUGAAUCAGGUGUGUUGGAACAGGGAAACAUCCAAAACAUGCAGGACAGUGGGCCUCAAGGACUGGACUUGAGAACCACUGGUCCAGACCACAGUUCUGCCAGUGAGGCACUACAGAGACCCACAGUUUGCCCAUGAUUGCUCCUGUACUGGAUCUAUCUAAGCUGAUUUAUCUAUGAUCUGAUCCUCAGCUGGUUUCUGCAGAAAGUUGUCUUGUUAUCUGUGAGAACCUUCUGGUAAACUUUCUCCUAAAACAGCCAGAUCUGAAAACUGGAUCACCUUAAAAACACCAAGCUUCAAGACUGAUGAGGAAAGACAUCCUUGGAAGUACUCUAUCUGAGACCCCUCAGCUCCAUGACCUUGAUAGACCCUGAAAAAGUGGAUUACAUGUGGGAAGCAGCCGAAACACAGAUGUCCUCCCUCCCAAAGAUAGAGAUGCUCACAUCACAUUUUGCAGGUAUUAUCAGUGAGGUCUACAUUUUUUCUGUCCAUGCACAGCUGAUCUGCGGUCUAAAACCCUUUUGAGUAAGACAACCACUCGGUGAAAAUCUCUACUAACCGAGCUCCAGUCUGAGAAGGGAGCUCAUAUCUUCAUGUGAGUCAGUCCUGCACAGACUUCAUUUAAAGUCUGGGACUUUGGUCAUUUGGUUACACAAUCUUGUUUUCAUAUUAAGAUACAUGAAGAGCCCUGUUACCAAUGUGAUGCAUGCAUGGUUUCUGAUGGUAUAAUUUACAGAAAAAUUACACCUCUCAGCUGGUGGAGCCCCAACCUCGCCCUCCCCAAACAAACAAACAAACAAACUGAGAGAGGGUUUAAAUGGAAAGAAAUUUGGCAGAAAGAGAGGAGUUAUGCUGUGGGCGCUGAUCGCUCUCCUGUAAACACCAAGGGGGUUUGACUCUCCUCUUAGUGGUCUUUCAGCAGAUAUGUGGAGGAGCUUUGGUUGCUCAUUUUCUCCAUCUUUCUGCAGCGAGGCCCAGAUCUGAAACUAAAAAACCUGAGUCAGUCCAGACCUAACAGCAUGUGGUUUGUCUUUACUCAGUCUGUGAGUCACUGAAUGAACCAGAUAGAUCAGAAAGAUUGGCGGGGAACUUUCCCUCCUCUCAGUGCUCUCUGGACAGUCUAUGUUGAGGUGUGUUGAAGUGCACAGACGCCGGGUUUUCUGGUCUGCUGGGUUUCAGUCCUCAUCUGUGGGAGGCGAGUCGAUUCUGUACGGCCUAGCAACAUCAUAACCUUUACCUGACAGAGAAGUUUCCUCCACAAACCAGAUAUAAAUACAGUUUUGAAAUCGAUAUUUUCACCCCAUUGGUCAGGGUUAUCUUCUGUGGGUGGGGCCAGAUGAUCAGAUCUGUUAGAGUUCUGCUUUUCUCUUUGUUUCCUGGUUCUGAGCAAAAAAGAGGGUACUCAAGCUUUUUCUUCCUUCUUUUUUUUUUACCUCAAAAUAAAGAGAAGAAAUAAAAUCUAUAAAUGUGGAAGAGAGGGAUUAUCACUCCAGAAGAUAGAGCUGAGUUGCGAUUGGUUAAAUUAGCAGGUUAACUGGAUGAGCAGGGGCAGAUCCAAGGGGGUCCAAGGGGUGACAUGGGUUCUUUAUCAAAUCGAGUCAGCCUGUUCUGGUGCCUCUUUAGAUGCCAGAGGGUCUGUGUUUGAUGGCAGCAACACAUUUAAACCAUUGUCAUGUUUCCUAGAGUCUCCUUGGUCCUGUUUUUGGGGUCAUGAUGCUCCAAAUGUUUUCAAUGGGGUCAAGUCAGGACUGCAUCAGUCCAGUUUCUCAGCAGGACUCUUCUCCUGUUGUAAUCCCUGUUGUCAGAAUGUGGUUUGGGAUCAUAUGAAGGUCUUCCCUGAAAAAGUCUUUGUCUGAAGGCAGCAGAUGAUUUCCAGUUCUUCAUUGAAAGGACAACUGGACUUACUUGAGACGUUUUACCUUGGGCACCUUAGGCGAAACGUCUCAAGUAAGUCCAGUUGUCCUUUCCAUGUGGUGAUUUCCACUCCAGAGUCCUGUCUGUUUUAAUGCCCUGAAGAUUAGGUUCUCCCAGUAUUGGUUUUGGUCCUUGUCCCUGUUCUCCAGAUCCACUGAGUUAACAGUAAAGAUAAUUCUGUUUCUGUAACUGUUGAUGCUUUAGGCAGAAAAAAAGUUGUGAAUUGAGAUGUAAGAAAAUUAUGAAAUUAGUUAUUUGACCUUUUUGUCUGAGCAGUUGGAUUUCAUAAAGAACAUACAGAUAGUGAAAUCUGCGGACACUCUCUGCUGUUGUCGUCAGUUUGGGGCUUUAAGCAGCUUUCAGGACGAUUAUCCUGUUAUCCCUUUUUUGUUGGGUGAUUAAAAACCUUCACUUUCUGGUAUGCACGAGCAGAUGGUCUGUCCCUGAAACAACACCGACAACGGCUGCUGGUAUCAAUAAAGUUUGGAGGAUUGAAUUUAUAAAACACAGAAUGAUUAAAUCCACUUUGAACUAAUCUAUCCUGUUGUUCUUUGUCUUUCAUUUGUGUCUCCUAUAAAAUAACUGUCAGUGCUUUUUUAAUUACAGUUAAUGACAGAUGGGUAAGCUGCAGGAGUGAGCAAUAAUUCCUCCCCCUUUACACACACGCACACACACACACACACACUCACACACACACACACACACACACACACACACACACACACACACACACACACACACACACACACACUGGUUUAACUGACCACUCUGCAGUUCCUCUCAAUCACACCUCUCUCUUUCUUCACUUCAAUGACUCAGUUUCUCCUCAGACUCCCCCUCUGCCCUGGAACCUCCCCGCUCAACAAACCACAAAAACUAAAGAUAUUUUUAAUGCCAGUGAAAUUUCAACAACUUGUGCAUCAAAGUCAACCACCUCCUCCUCCUCCUCCUCCUCAACCAAAGACGGUAAGAUAAGAGAGAAAAGGUGUCACCAUCCCAGUAAAUGAAACUGACAAACACCAGAGCUGACACCAACUUCUUAUUUAUGCACCAAUUUACAGACUUGACACUCAGAGAAGUCUAUAAAGCCUCCUGGUUUUCAUUUCAAUGAAUAAUUAUACAUGCAUUUACUUUAUUUCUGUACCAGAUCAAGCAUGCAAUCAUACAGUUGAACGGACUUUGGCCAUUUUCAUGCAGCAUCUCUGCAAAGCUUGCAGAUGAUUCCAGGACAUGCAGACCCUGACAUUAUCUGGAGUUGUCCGUCGUGCAUACACUUCACUAAAGAAUGAUAUCAUUAUGUUAUGACUGAUAUUAAAACAAGACUAGGUUGACCAUACGUCCUCUUUUACCCGGCCAUGUCCUCUUUUGAGGGGCUGUACAGCCUGUCUCAGGAAUUAGGAAUAUACGUUUAACUGAGUUUAAAGCAGGUAAAAAAACACUCGAGUGGCACGCACACAGCUCCUCCCCCACAUAAUAGUGUCCUCUUUUUGGGGAUUCAGAAUAUGGUCAGCCUAAAUAAGAUGCACACUCAUCCUCAGGCUCCACCAAAAAUGAAACUGAGUCAGCUUUUCCAAAAUGGCGACUGCCGCCAAGACAGAGUGGUCCCAGUGGAGGGGCUGUACAGAAACUGAUCAAAACGACCUCUUCAAAACAGAAUAAGAAUAAGAGUAAGAAUAACUUUAUUAAUCCCCAAAGGGAAAUUCAAUUGUCUGUUUUCUCACAUAAUAUGUCUCUAAAAGUUAUCUACUAUUUACAUAUGAGUUAUAAAGUCUAGUGGCUGUUGGUACAAAAGAUCUUUUGAAUCUCUCUGUCCUGCAGUGAAGAGAGAGGAGCCGUCCACCACCAUUGGCCCUUUGGUCCAUCAAGGUGUUGUGUAGUGGGUGAUCCAUGUUCUUUAGAAUAGUCUCCACCUUCCUCAGUGUAGAUCUCUCCACCGCAUCCUCCACUCAGUCCAGCUUGAGUCCAACCACAGAGCCAGCCUUUUUCACCAGUUUGUUAAGACGUCUUGCAUCUUUGUGUUUGAUGCUUCCUCCCCAGCAAACUGCAGCGUAGAACAGAACACUUGCCACCACAGACUGAUAAAACAUCUGCAGCGUCUUACUACAGAUCUCUAUUGAGCGGAGUCUUUGAUGUCCACUCCACAGGUGUUCACUGGCUGAAGAGGGGGUUUGGAUCUACGGAAGUCUGUGACCAUCUCCUUUGUCUUUGAGGUGUUGAGGAGGAGGCAGUUUUUGUGACUCCAGUCACUGAAGGCUCUUAUCAGAUCUCUGUAUUCAGCUUCUUGUCCAUUUCUGAUACAUGCCACACUAGCGGUGUCAUCUGAGUAUUUCUGGAUAUGGCAGGACUCAGUGCUGUAUUUGAAGUCUGAUGUAUACAGUGCGAACAGGAAUGGCACCAGCACUGUCCCUUGUGGAGCCCCUGUACUGAUCAUUAAUGUCCCAGGAACACAGUUCCCCAGCCUGACAAACUGUGGCCUUCCUGUCAGGUAAUCUGUGAUCCAGGAAACACAGGAAGGAUCCACUCCUAUCUCUGUGAGCUUGUCUUUGAGUAUGGUGGGUUGGAUGGUGUUGAAUGCACUUGAAAAGUCGAAGAACAUGAUCCUCACAUAAACCCCAGGUUCCUCUAGAUGAAACAGGGCACGGUGAGGCAUGUAGAGGACAGCAUCAUCCACUCCAAUGUGUUCUUUGUAUGCAAACUGCAGGGAAUCCAGUUUGUCUUUGACCUUGGACCUCAGAAGGCGUAGAAUCAGCUGCUGCAGGGUUUUCAUGAUGUGUGAAGUGAGGGCCACUGGUCUGUAGUCAUUGAGUUCAGCAGGACAUUUUGUUUUUGGUACUGGCACAAUGCAGGAUGUUUUCCACAGAGCAGGUACCCGCCCCAGCUGUAGACUCAGGUUGAAGAUCUUGUGGAGAGACACAGUUCUGCAGCACAGUCUCUAAGCAGCCUUGGACACACACCAUCUGGACCAGCUGCCUUCCCAGGACAAAGUCUUCCAAGCUUCAUCCUCACCCUUGUUUCGGUGACAGACAAGGACUGGUGUUCAUGGAGGGAGGCAGUUGAAGUGGUUGAGACAUUCGAAUGAGAUGGAGGAGGAACAGGAGAAGUUGUAGUGGAGAUUUGUUGCGGAGAGGAAGGUGGAGUAGCAGUGGAAGUGGGAGUGACAGCAGUGUCAAAUCUGUUGAAGAACAGGUUGAGUUCAUCAUCCACCACUGGCUGUCUUUUCUUUUUAUUGCUGUGUCCAGAGAUGGUACUGAUUCCUCUCCACACUUCACGGAUGUUGCUGUGUUGUAGAUUCUUCUCAACCUUCUUUUUGUACUCCAGCUUUGCCAUCUUCAGUCUCCUCUUCAACUCUUGUUGCACUUGUUUGAGUUGUUCUUAGUCACCAUCUUUAAAAACUUUCUUUUUCUGGUUAAGAAUUGCUUUUAUGUCACUUGUGAUCCAGGGUUUGUUGUUGGGGAAACAGCAAACAGUUUUUGUGGGUAUAACUGUGUCUCUACAGAAGUUGACAUAAUCAGUAAAGCAGUCAACCUGUUUAUCAGUGUUCAUAGUAUCCACAUCUGUUUCCAGCAGCACAUUCCAGUCUGUUGAUUUAAAACAGUCCCUUAGAGCUUCACUGGCUUGAGGUGUCCAUCUUCUAAUUUUGACUUUGGUCACAGGCUGCCUCAGUACACAAGGUCUGUAACAGGUUUGCAGAUAAACCAAGUUAUGAUCUGUCCAGUGGUGGUAAGGCAGUGACUCUGUAGGCUUCUUUGACAUUGGCAUACAGCAGAUCCAGGGUUUUGUUUUCUCUGGUAGGACAGUUCACAAACUGUGUGAAUUCAAUCAGGUGAGAGGAGAGGGUGACAUGGUUAAAGUCUCCUGAUAUUAAUAUUAGUGCCUCUGGGUGUUGAAUCUGUAGCCUGGCAACACUAUUUUGCAAAACAUCACAUGGAAUUUCUUCAGUUGGUUUGGGUGGGCUCCUUGACAGUUAUGUGUGAAGGAUUACACCAUCUCUUGUUGACAAAUAAAGCCAGACCUCCUCCUUGCUUAUUACCUCCGCCAAGGAGGUUAUGUUUUCGGUAGCGUUGGUUUGUUUGACUGUUAGCAACUUUAAGGAGAAAGUAACAGACGGAUUAAAUUUUGGUGGUGAUUUGGACAAAAUUCUGGAUACUGUGAUCAGAACACACAAAAAUAUGGGUGUCAUUGGAAUUUUCAAUGCUGAAAGAUAACCAAUGGGCGGCACAGUGGUGUAGAUCGGCGGCACAGUGGUGUAGUGGUUAGCACUGUUGCCUCACAACCAGAAGGUCCUGGGUUUGAAACCCAAUCAGGGCAUUUCUUGUUUAAGGGGGGGCAUGAGCUGCUUGGCGAAGGUCUGCACUCUCCGAGUGCUUUUCUAGUUGCCACUAGCUUGAGCAUCUCUGUCUGACCUUAUGAGAGUGAAGCCAGGUAGAUCCACACUUGAGUCCGAGUUGUUUUGAUUCAACCAGGUUUCAGUAAAACACAGGAAAUUGCACUCACGGUAUGCUUUCUUAGUCUUCACCAAUAUCUCCAGCUCAGUGCUUUUGUUGGGCAGAGUUGACGUUUCCUAUGAUGAUUGAUGCAAGAAAGGGUUUAUAUCACCACCUCCUAGCAUUCAGCUUUGCCUUCACCUUUGCACCAGUACGGCAAUCAUGAUAACACCCUCUAGAAUUGUAUGUUGUUGUCCAGAUUUUCUUUUCCUUAAUGAAAGGAGCUCUUCUCUGAGUAAACCUUUCACCCAGCAGAAGUAUCCAUCAGCAGCCAACAAAAUGACAACAAAAACAUUACAAAAAUUACAGAUAAUACAGACAGACCAGACUUGCAGCAACCUCUUGGUUCAAGCACAUUAUUUGAAUGAUUGAGCUGCUUCGACAAGGAAAGGGAGAACCCCCCUGGAGCAAGACCUGGAGGGAUGUUCAUGGCCAGGUCAGGCCCAGUCCCACCAUCUGCAGGGACAGGUAUACAGAUUCAGUGGCAUGUAAAGCAGGUAUCGAAAUGUAUGACUUUAAACUCAAACAUUUACGUCUUUAUCCCUGGAAGUUCAAAGUUUAAAAGACUCUUGGGAUCGCAGGUUUUUUGUUUUCUUGAUUUGGACUUUGGAUGGAAAAUGCAUUAACAUAUUUCACACUCAGGUAUUUUUCUCUUCCUUCCAAAGAAAUGUAGAUUUUUUUUUUGUAUUCAAAGAGUCUUCAGAACAAUCAAGAUGAACCCUGAAGUGAAAAGUUCUGGUCUUGUUUUCUGAAUCAUAUCAAACAUCUAUGCUUCCAUUUAUAGCAGCUUCAGGUUAACUUCAGUCUCUUUGAAAGUCUGGGUUUGUGGUUUCUGAUCAGAGAGGAUCAAGAUCAAUGAUCUCAGAGGGUUCGAGGGGAUCUUUUAAUCUGUGAUGGAAUAAGACCAGAAAGAGUCUCUUCUGCUAAACACCCACCUCCUCAUUUGCAUCUCUUUCAUGGUUCAGCUGUGGGGGUUUUCUGACACCACAUCUUUCCCCUCUCAGAGCCGACUGUUCACGGUCAUGGUAACUCCACGUCCACACCUGAGCCACAGCUGAAGGUCAGCCUGAGCUGUCUGACACAUGCAGAGAGUUAGAUUGGACUUUCAAGUCUGGGUCAAACUUUUACAUUUGUAAUUCAGUCAGAACUACAACACUAUAGUUCUGGCACUAAAUGUAAAAAUAUGAUAAAAACAACAACAACAACAACAACAAAAAGAAAGAAAGAACCCGCCUGACAUUGAAAUUUAAACUCUUCCCACAAAUUUGUCCAACCACAAGCUGCUUGCGUCUCUCGUGAUGAAAAAACGCAGAAAUAUCAUUUUCCCACCCUCUCGCUGGAAAAAAAAUCCACCGCUCUAGAAAUCUGUCACGUAGGUGGAGGUGAGAACAAAAAUAACAAGAACAGGAAACCACAACAACAUAUCUGAGCGAGUCCAUGAGGGUGGUACAAAUGAGAAACCAGAAAAUAAGAAAGCAGAUGGAUUAAAUAUCUCGUACUAACCACUUCAAACCGCUGAACCAGAAUCUCAAACCUAAUAACCCAGAAGAGAAAAUUCUGCAGCAGCAGCCUCCUGAAAACCUGGAGGGGAAGUUCUGCAGAUUCUCAGAGAGGGUGAAGUAAAGACACUGAUCAGAGGCUCUGAGGUUUCUGGCUCGAUGAGUAUUCAAGUUUCUCACUGAAGUCAGGAGUAGAUCAGAUUUGAUGUUAAGUGCAUAAUUUUUUCAUCAUAGGCGCUCUACAGUAAACCAUAGAUCUCAUGAACAUGCAGUUUUCUUGCAGUCCUCAGGUUUGCUGGAGGAGGUCAGUCAUGUCCUGUUGAAUUUCCAGUGGUUGGCCUGCUGCUGUGUGCACACUGUCCUCAGCUAACCUCGUCACCAGACUCUCUCUAACAAACAACCUCAAACAGGCUGUGGUGGAGCCUGAUGGAGUAUUCAGUGAGUCAUUUGAGUGCAGCGGAAACACUGAGCUUUUAACCGACUGAUACCACAACCAUCCAUCAUCGCUAAUGUGUGAAACCCAGUCAUUUAGAAACGGUUUAAUACUAAAGCACAAGACCGGGACUCAAACUGAGACUUGAAACUACUUUAGACCUUCAGAGGCUGUUUGUCAGGAAAUGCACUUUUACUUCUCUGCACUUUAGACCUCUGCUGCAUCAAUGUCUAAAGAGUUUGAUCAUCCAAUGGAAAUCAACAACGAGAUAAUAAGAGAAGGGGAUGAAAUUAUGAACACAACACUCCUUAAAUGAACAUGAUAAAGUUAUAAUGGACGUAUGCACUUAUUUUAAUCUGUCAUGUCCUGUGCUAAGAUUCAUUUUGGUGAUUUUUAACAGAAGAGAGUUUUAAAAUGAGCAGAUCCAAUAAAAAAGAGCUCAACCGGAAUAGAAAAUUUCAUCCCUCAUGAAGAACAACAUCAUGACAAUGACAUUUUUAAAGCUGUUUUCACUAUCCUGCUCAUCCUGCUUACAAACAUGUGAAAAUGAAAAGAACGGUCCUGGACACGAUUUCAAAAUAAAAGCAUGGAGCAAAAUAAAAAAGAGUGACAGCACUAAAGAAAGGUCUUCUAAAACGUAAUCUAAAACGACCUCCUUUCUAUAUUUUUCACACUGUGAGAGUAAAACUUAGUGAACAGCAGAUUAAGGUCAAAGCUCCUGAAAUUUUCUGGAAAUUUCCCAGAGCGCAAAGCUACGUUUCAAAGCUCAGAAGUUUGAUGCUUGCAGCACUCACUCUGUCGUAGUCCCGCCCACCGGAGAUGCGUGUAGUGGUGCAAGGAAACGAGGAGAUGUGCGAGGAAAUGAGGAGAGGAGAGGAGAGAGGGAACCAGGGGAUGAGGGAGUUUGUUAAAAGAGAUGAGAAGCCCUGUCCUCUGGAGUGUUAGACUGAUGAUGGCAUCAGCUGAUCACAGCUGGAUCAGCUGUGAGUCAGAUUUAACAGCUGUCAGAAACACUGGCCCUCAUUUAUCAAGCUUGCAUACGGCAGAAAACUUGCGCACACCUUGCGUACAAAAAUUUUGACGUGAGGAUCGGCAUUUAUCAAUCUGCACGUGAGCGUACACUACGACCAAGUUUCACGACAGGUCUGACAUUGUGUACGCAAGUUUGAGUCAGUAUGGAUCUAUGGUGCAGCAAAUGUCUGUCUCAAAAUAAUUGAUAUACAAACCUCAAACCUGUCAAUAAGCACAAUCAGCCAGAUUUCAUUAAAGAUUAAGAUGUAAAUAAAAUAAAAUAGAUUUGUUAUGUCCUUAGUAAAUAGGUCUAUUUGAUAACCCUGCCCAAAAACACUGCCACAGAGCAGGAGCGCCGUUUUAACAUUACGCACACACGCCACUGUGGAGUGCUGCGUUUGACUCCUAAAAGGCAGGUGUCUCUGUCUUGGCCCAGUAGCGAGGAUGUUGUUGUACACUCCUGAAAGGUUGUGGGACAUCAUUUGGGCCAGUACAGUUUUUCACAAUGUUGCACUGGCAAAUGCAGUGCUGCUGGCUGAGCUGGUCCAACGUGAGGACCCGAUGCCCGGAGAACAAUAACCAGGAGAGACUCCACAAAGGUGCAGUGCAGAGGAGACAGGGUCUUAUCAAUGGAUUCUGAUGUAAAAUAUAAGUUUGGAAAGUGCUCUUGCUAUUUAUUCAGUGAUGAAAAUCCAAUAGAAAUCCAAAUCCAUAAAAAUUUGCCUCAGGGGCAGCAACACACCGUUUUGUGAGGUUAAUAAUUAUUUUUGUUGAGCCUCUGUCAGACUCUUCAGUCUGCUCUACAUUACAAAGAUGCAACAAAUUAAAACUAAACACUUUCAAUAAUAGGAGCAACGUACCCUGUGUCAUGGCAAUAAACAAAUAUGAGGCAUGUAUGAGAUAUUGAUUCAUCAUCAUGAGCAACUUAUUGACUAAUGAUUUAUUAAAACUUAAGCCACUGUCCACUAUUCCGCGGCAGCACUAUUCACCGCCACCAUAAUCCUGCUCCAGACAGGAGUUUUCUGGACUGCUUUUAUACCAGUUUUGAUGCUUCCAAAGAGCAAAUCCUUGAUAGUUUCCACCACAGACACGAGGAUAUCCACUUUCAGCUCGGAAAAGUUUCGCAUCUUUGAAAUUUUCUAUUCUUUCAUGUUUGACCUCAGUGGGCGAGGCCUCUGAACCACGAAUAUUUAAGGGCGUUAACGUGUUUUUGACGAUUGAUUUCAGCCGCCGCAUUUAUCAAGACCCGAUCAUACGUAUGUGGGAUUGGUCAGAUACGAACCCUUUCAUAAAUCGCACGUGUGUCCUAUCGUAGGAUGAAUCCUGCGCUCAGAUCUGCGCAAGAUUAAUAAAUGAGGGCUAUUGUAUUUAUAUUGGCUGUGUAUCUGCCUGUGAGUCUGACAUCCUGUUAAUACAGAAAACUCUGGAAAUGAUCUGUAUGGUCUAAAGUUUUAGGGAAAAGUCAAAGUCAGGCAUUUUGUUUUAAAAUCAGCAUCUUAUAAUGAUCGUGUGUAGUUAACAGAAUAAAUCAAAACAGUGUAGAAAUAAAGGAACUGGCUUUGUAAGGUAACUCUAGGAUUUGAAGGCCACAAGCUAUAAACCCAACGAAGAAAGUGGACCCCCAGAAAGCAGUUUCUCAUGAACAUGAACAACUUUAACAAAAACAUCCUAAAGUGAAGUUUGUGAAGUUUGUUGUUCUGGGUUUAGUUAGACUAAAGCUCAUCUCUUCACUGGGAGGACCAUAAAUCUGGUUCUGAAUGGGCAGCCGGGCCGACGGUAAUUCUCUUCUUUUUAGGGUGAGACUAAAAGCAGCCGAGCGUCUUUGUGAGUUGCAGUCAUUAAGUCUGACAGAGCUUGAUCAUUGACAGCAGCCCUGUUAAAACUAAAGGACUCUUAUUCUGACAGUCACGGUGGUCUCUGGAUGAGCUGUGGAGCUGCUUCAUCUGUCAGCCAAUCAGAAUCCUCACACAGCAUCGGCCUCACAGAUCAUUGGACUGCCAGAAAUUUGAAUUCAAACAAUUCAGUAUUUCUGACUCAUCAUGAACUUGGUUAAAAAGUGAUAGUAAAUGUUGAUUUAGAUCAUUUCUCUCUCUCUUUUACUCUGUAAAGAAACUAAACAAGAGCAGACAGAGAGGCCGUUUGAAGUUUAUACCAAACUCUGAACUCAGUUUGAGCUUCUUUCAAAGGUUAGUGGUCUCUCUCUCUCUCUCUCUCUCUCGCUCUCUCUCUCUCUCUCUCGCUCUCUUUCUGAAGAGGUGUUGGGUUUGUUUUUACAGUGUAAAAGUGUGGGUGGUCAAAUCUGGAUUGACUGUAAUGCAGAUAAAUUAAUCUAAAACAGCAGGACAGAGUCUCACACAGGGACUUAUUAUGCAAACAGCAACAUGGUAGUUCAUACAACAUUAUUUUAGCCAUCUGAACCAGCAUGUUAACCUCAAAGUCCUGACAAAAUCGAAAUUCCAUCUCCACCUGCUGUCUGAGAGUUUCCUUUAUAAAUUAGAUAAAUUAGCUGCAGCGUGUAGAUAUAACGAUUCUAGGGAGUUAAAGUUCUGGUUUUGAUAAAAGUUUUCUGAGCGGUUGAACAGCAGAACUUUUUUCUUGGUUGUUUCUCUUAAGUUUGUUACUUCCUGUCCUUUUUUUUAAAAAUCAGGUGUGCAUAACAGGCUUUCAGGUCUGACUGUAAACACGUAAAACUAAACAGAGGACAGUGCACGUAGACCCUCCUCCUCUUGAGCCCCGCCCUCUGUUACUGCCAGCUCAGAUAAGCUGCAGCAGAGAUAAAUGCUGCCCUGACAGGAAUGUUCUCUAACGGCUGGGUUGCCUCAUCACUCAGGUGUAAAACCCCCUAAUGGUGGCCGCGGGUUGACUUUCAGUCAUAUGCAAAUACCAUGCAAAUAUUUAUCCUCCAGCAGCAGGAAAUUUCAAUACCAGCCUUCUUGAGUAACUGCCAGGAAUUUAGAGUCUUAAUGGCAGCAGGCGAGCGUGUUGAGACAUCACUGAGAGGUUACAGUGAGGACUCAAACACCUCAGGAGCCGUGCAGGUUUGCAGAGAGCUUCAAAAGUGAAAAAUAGUCAGACGAAUGUGUAAAAGUUUUGUUCAAAAAGAGACUUCUAAAAUUAUCACAUGUCUGUGGUGGAAACUAACAAGGAUUUUCUCUUUGUAAGCAUCAAAACUGGUAUAAAAGCAGUCCAGAAAACUCCUGUCUAGAGCAGGAUUAUGGUGGCGGUGAACAGCGCUGCCGCGGAAUAGCGAACAGUGGCUUAAGUUUGAAUAAAUCAUUGGUCAAUAAGUUGCUCAUGAUGAUGAAUUAAUAUCUCAUACAUGCCUCAUAUUUUUUAUUGCCAUGACAUAGGGUGCGUUGCUCCUAUUAUUGAAAGUAUUUAGUUUUAAUUUGUUGCGUCUUUGUAAUGUAGAGCAGACUGGAGAGUCUGACAGAGGCUGAACAAAAAUAAUUAUUAACGUCACCAAACAGUGUGCUGCUGCCCCUGAGGCACAUUUUUAUGGAUUUCUAUUGGAUUUUUAUCACUGAAUAAAUAGCAAGAGCACUUUCUUAACUCAUACUAUACAUGUCAGAAUCCAUCGAUAAGGUCCUGUCUCCUCUGUACAGCACCUUUGUGGAGUCUCUCUCCCUGUUAUUGUUCUCCGGGCACCGGGGCCUCACGUUGCACCGGCACAGCCAACGGCACUCCAUUCACCAGUGCAACAUUGUCCCACAACCUUUCAGGAGUGUACAACAACGUCCCCGCUUUUGGGCCAAGACAGAGACACCUGCCUUUUAGGAGUAAAACGCAACGCUCCACAGUGGCGCGUGUGCAUGUGUGCGUAAUGUUGAAACGGCGCUCCUGCUCUAGGGCAGUGUUUUGGGGCAGUUAUCAAAUAGGCCUAUUCACUAAGGACAUAACAAUUUAAUUUUAUUUUACUUUAUUUUAUUUAUAUCUUAAUCUUUAAUGAAAUCUAGCUGAUUGUGCUUAAUGACAGGUUUGAGGUUUGUUUAUCAAUUAUUUUGAGACAGACAUUUGCUGCACCGCAGAUUCACACUGACUCAAACUUGCGACACAAUGUCAGACCUGUCGUGAGAUUUGGUCGUAGCGUACGCUCACGUGCAGAUUGAUAAAUGCCGAUCCUCACGUCAAAAUUUUCGUACGCAAGUUUUCUGCUGUACGCAAGCUUGAUAAAUGAGGGCCAGUGAGUUAACUGCAGUUUAUCCAUCAGUAAGCCUGACUUUGAUCCAGAUCUUUACCGUGUUUUAGGUCUGUGACCUCUGUGCCAUAUUUUACUGUGAAUUUAUAUUUGAGGUUUAACAGGACAUUUUUAUAGCAACACAAGGAUUAGUGAAAUGAAACCUUCUUUUGAAUCUGUGGAGCUCACUUAAGAAAUGAUGGGUGUGGAGGUGAGUCUGUCUGUGCUGGUUUAUGGUUUAGACUCCUGCACACAAACACAUGAUAACACAUUAACUGCCUCUGUUUGUUAUUGCUCCUCCUGUUUCCUAUCAGCCCCAUCGGUCCUGAGGGCGAGUUUACAGGAACCCAAAUCUUAUUCAAAUCUCUGAGGUAGGAAUGUGAGAUUGGUUAUCUCUGAGGGAGGACUCUCAGCCUCUCUGUCAUCUUCUCUGACUGGGAGGUUCAGGAGAGUAAAAACCCUCCCAGAGGUGUAAAGGUCACUUCAUCCUUAUGUUUAUUACUUUGAUCUCUGACCUUGAAAGACACAAUGAGGAGUUUUAAGUAGUCCAGAAAUGACUGAAACUGAUACUGAUUCCUUUAAAUGGCUAAUUUCUCUGUAGUUAUUUUUAAGGUAUACAGUUACAGUGAGGGGAAGGUGUCAGAGCAGAUAGGAAACAAAAGAGGACAGGAUGAGGUUCAUGUGUGGAAACAAAAGAUAAGAGUUAGACUGACAACAUCAUGAGAUCAGAAGUGUGCCCAUACCUUCAUGAACCUGUGACAGAAUGAAGACAGGUUGUCCAAGAACUCAGAGACGAUUAUCCGACCAUUAUUCCUCUCAUCAUCAUCCCUCUGAAUGGGGCCUGAGAUUUCUUAAAUGGUGGACACAGAACAGAGAGACUCACAGUUAUCCUGCUGCUCACAUUCACAAAAACGAUUUACUUCAAUGAGAGUGAAAUUCUGAGAUUUGAGUUUAAAAACUGUUUUUCUCCUGCAGGAAUUCAACCAAACAAACAGAAACAAGAACAGCUAGAACUGUUGUCCUCAUGUUUAAUGACUUUAUCCUCUAAUUUUACAAAAAUCAUCUGAUGUUAUUGAUGGAGUUAUUAGAGUUAACAGAUCAGAUCAGAAUGUAUUUCCAUCUCUGCUGCUGCUGCUGCCCUUGAGUGAAACCUGAAUCUCUGCCCACAAAAUGCAGAGGCAGUUUAAUGUGCAGACAUCUGCAGACACUCACACAGUGUCCUGACACACAGCCAGCAGCAGCAGCAGCAGCUUAUAUAACCUUACUCUCUCUUUCUAGGAAUACAUACCGUACACACCACAAGUGUCCUCACUGCAGAGAGUCAUCAGUCAUCGCUUUUCCAGGGAAUGGCUUAAAGUGUGUGUGUGUGUGUGUGUGUGUGUGUGUGUGUGUGUGUGUGUGUGUGUGUGUGUGUGUGUGUGUGUGUGUGUGUAUGAAUGUGUCUUUAUUUUGGGCAGCGUCAGAUUUGACCGCCAACAUUUUUAGUGUUCCCUGUCAAUGUCUCAGAGCCUGACGUCCUCCUUUAUCACACAAAUACAGACACCAGGGGCCUCAUGUAUCAACAUUGCGUGGGACUCAAACCGGAAACGAGCGCACGCAAGGUCCGUCACACUGAAAAAAAUUCGUAUGUAUCAAGGUGUGCGGGCGCCGAAAGCCACGUGUGUUUCCUUGAUAAAUCCCAAUCAGCUUGGAAUUGAGCGCAGAUUUUGGAGUGACCGGGCCCGCCCCCGUUACGCCCACCUAUAAAUAUGCAGAUUUAUUUAAAUAGGGUCUCCCUGUCCUCGCACGCAGACAAAAUGACAGGAAAAACUAAAUUUACGGCGUGCAAGGUGGAGGUGCUGGUGGCGGAGGUGGAGGAGCGACAGCGUGUUUUGUUUGGCAGCCUGUCCAGUGGCGUCAGUGCAAAACGAAAACGCUUGGAGUGGGAGAAAGUUUGCGAGAGGGUGAAAGCGGUGGGUUCCGAGACACACACCCCCGCGGAGAUUAAAAAAAAGUGGUCGGACCUCAAGGUGGAGUAUCGGCCAGACAGGUGGGGGUCCGGGGGAGGAGACCCUCACGCCGUUUGAGCAGUGGGUGGUGGCGAUUAUGGGGGGCGCCUCUGUGGGGGGGAUUGUCGCUGCUACCUGCGGCGACUCAGACAGCCUGCUGGAGGGUAAGUGGCGUGUCACACAAAUGUCCACAUGCUUUGCCAUAGAUGUAAACGCAACAGAUACACAGAAGCAGGAAUUGAAAUGAACCAAUAUUUUUAUUGUGUCACAGAAAUCGAUGUGUCGGCCGUGUCGCUGGCUUGCGGAACCCCGGCCCGUGGCCUCAGCACCAGCACCGGCACCGGCACCAGCGCGCCGACAAGCAGUGGAGCGUCCACCAGCCGCGGCGCUUCCGCUGGACCACCCGGACGCAGUGGAAGGGUCCUCACGGGGACGGUCCUGCAAUCGCAGGAACAAAUCAUUAGGGGGGUCGCUGGGAUCAACGAGCGGCUGGACUGGCUCGUAAAUGUCCUCGAGCGUCUGGUGGCGAAAAUAAAUUAAUUUGGCUCAUUGAACUGUGUAUUCACUUCUUACCCAUUCACAUUGUGGCGAUGAGAUUCUCCCGCGCGAGGACGGCGGCCCGGCAGGGAUCAGCUCGCAUCCCUCCGUCUGCUGCUGGUUCGUCAUGUGGGGUGACGUGCUGCUUGGCCACGGGGAUGUGGUGCACGCUUGUCACAUAGCUAGUCACCAAACACCGCCACACAGCGUCGCCAAAGUGCCGUCAACGCAAGUAUCGGCUCAAUGCCAACUUCUACACCACCUCCUCACUUUGCGUGGAUUUGCGCUGGAACCGACGCUGGUGUAGCGAUGAUAAAUCUGGACGUGUGCGCCGAUCUUGGCGAACGCAAGGUUUUCUGGCGCCACCAGCGUUGAUACAUGAGGCCCCAGGAGAGCUGUGAUUGGUCACUUUGGCACUUUCUCCUCUCCUUUUAGAGUCAGUUUUAUUAAAUCUCAAAUUAAUGUGCUUCUUGGAACUGAACAUGUUCUGUAUCAAACAAUGGACUGCUCUUCAAAAGUGAAGCCAAACUAAUGAAGCCUAGUGACUUCAUAAACCCAACUCCUCCAUGGAAACAGAUGGAUCAUGCCAAACUAGUUCAUAGGAGCUCAGUUUGAACCUCAUUCGUGGAUGCAGUGAUGAACUAACUUCACAGUUCAUGGUUUUUAAAGUGAUUCUGAGUAUGUGCGGUGAUUUCCACUCUAGAGUCCACUCUGUUUUUAAUGCAGAGCUGCCUGAGGAACUGAAGAUUGAUAUUACACACAAAAACACACAAACACAGACACACACACAAACACAAACACACAGUCACUUGAUGCGAACUGUAAAUCAGCUGUAGAGAGAAAACCUCUGAGUGUGUGGGUUCUUGUGUGUACGUGUGUGUGUUUCAGUGCAGCAGAACAACAGCAUUCAAUUCCUCGAUGACUAAACAUUACCAUCAGUUAGUGGUAAGAAGGUCAAAGGUCAAACUUCAGCUCUGUGACCUCAGGGUGGCCUUGUGAGAAGAAAAGAAAUCCUGAGUAGGGGGAAGACUUUGCGUGCGUGCGCGUGUGUGUGUAUGUGUGUGUGUGUGACUAUAAUGGGUGUGUCCCAGAGUUUAGCUCACAUCCAUUAAUCUCUCUGUGAUUAGAGCUGAUUUUAUAAACCUUUUAAUGUGAAUGUUUGUUUGAAAAACCAUGGACUAAACCUUUAACGUCUGUCAGAUCUGUUAUUAUCACAAGCCCAUGAGACCGCCAAGCCCAGCUGACAGGAGAGUCUGUCCACUCCUCUGUUUGUGGACCUAAAUGGACCCCUGAGGACACAUUUAGACUGUUUGUGGGAUAGUGAACACACCAGUUUCCUAACAGACCAGACUGCAUUUGUCAAAAACCUUGGGCUCCUGGAUCUCCUUCUUCAGAGGCCAAAUCCAUGAUUUCCAAAGGGUGUUAAAUAUAGAUUCAUCAGACCAGGGGAACAUUUAGUCCACCUUAAAUGGACUCAGGUCUAGAGAAGUCUCUGGUGGUUCUGGAUCCUGUCUCUAUCUGGUCUCAGCUUGAACCUCAUUUGUGGAUGCAGUGAUAAACUUUGUUCUCCAGUCAAUGGAUUUUGAAGUGAUUCAGAGUCCACACAGUGAUUUCCACUCCAGAGUCCUGUCUGUUUUUAAUGUGGCAAACAUUUUUAAAUAAAAAGACAGCCUGUUCCUCAUGAAUGCUGACACCUUGCAGUUAAACCCUGUGGACACUGGUGGCUGUUUUCCACGGUGACAUCCUCUGUGGUUAGCUCAGGUUCCUUCAUGCACAAAACAAACAGAGCAAAGUGAGGAGGACAUGAGUGCUUAGUGUUUACCUGACAGGUGAGCACGACUCGACCUCAUGGAGGAGCUCAGUGUGAGCUGUCCACUCUGAUGGACUCACACACACACACACACACACACACACACACACACACACACACACACACACACACACACACACACACACACACACACACACACAAACAUACACAUCCAAGCUCUCUCUCCCUCGCUCUCUCUCUCUCCCUAUCUGUGUAUUCAUCCAUUUAACAGGCCAUUUCCACAGAGCGGAUGUAUUUAUAUAUGUGGCCUCUUUAAAACAAACACACUCUGUCACACAGCGGUUAGCUUCCUCUGCUAACAGCUAACAGGCUGACGGCAGUGUUGUGAUAAUCUGACAACAAUUUAGUCACACUCACGCUCUUGUGUACUUCCUUUUCCUGUUCAUACAGUCUGUUUCUGCCCUUUGGCAAAGUUACAGAGUUCAGGUGUGUGAAUUUGACCUUUGACCUCCUUAAGACGGUUUAGACUGAGCUGUAUGGACUCAUUUAUCAUCAUCAAAUAAAAAACAACAGUUAAAGGUUUAACGGACACAAACUGAUGCAGAGGUUUAAACAGAGGGUCCAUGUUAAAGCUCUACAGUUUUUCUAAUGUUUUACUGUCUAGUUUGUUUAAACUGAUGAUCUCAGCCUAAUUAUGAACAUCAGCUCUUCUAAAGUGAGCACAGCUAAAGGCAGGAUGCAAACACAUGAGGAAGUAAACAUCAGUAACCCCGUGGCCAAAAUGACAACCUUGAAAAAUGUUUCAAAGAAGAAAGACUAGUUUCUGAUCAAGGAUUUCAGCUGCUCAACAGUUCAGGGUCUCCUUGGUCCUGUUUUUGGGGUCAUGACACUCUAAAUGUUUCCAAGUAAGGAUUGCAUCAGUCCAGGACUCUUCUCCUAUGGACCCAGUUGUAAUCCCUGUUAUCAGAAUGUGGUUUGGGAUCAUAUGAAGGUCUUCCCUGAAAUAGUCAGUGCCAUGUUUGGCUGUGUCCAUGAUUUCCAAAAAGCACAGUCAUCCAUUUCUGUUUCCAUGAAAUCCAACAAGAUCUACAAUCUUGCCGGGUAGAAGUAUUUUGAGCCCAUGCAGUGACUCCCACUGCAGAGUCAUGUCAUGUCAUGAACCUUAUGCAUCCCUCUUCUAUCAGGGAUACCGACUUUGAACUGUGUGUGGAUAACAAGCUGGUUUUUCCCUCUCCUCCUAAAGAAUGACAUUUCCAUGAUUUCCAAAAGGAAUCUCAAAUUUGAAUCAGGUCAGAUUUUCUGCCAGAAGUUGGCUACCCUCUCGGCUCAGGUCCAGAGAAGUCCCUGGUGGUUCUGGAUCCUGUCUCUAUCUUUUCAUGGUUCAGUUUGAACUUCAUUUGUGGAUGCAGUGAUGAAGUGUGUUCUCAGUCACUGUUUUUGGAUGUUAUCUAGAGUCAAUACGGUGAUUUCUACUCCAGAGUCCUGUCUGUUUUAUCAUUUGACACAGUGUCUCCCUGAGGAUUUGGGAUACAGAAUUUUGGAUUUAAUGAAACAGACAGUGGAGUUCCAAAACUUGACUUACUAAUAAUAUAAGGUUCACAAAACUGCACAUGAUUUCAGACUCUUUGAUAAAACCACUAUUAGGCAGGACUGUUCUGGUGUCCACUUACUUUUGACCACAUGCUUCUCCUCUCAGUCUGCCAUUCACUUUUCUACUUUCUCUCUCUCUCUCUCUCUCUCUUACACACACACACACACACACACACACACACACACUCGCACGCACGCACGCACGCACACAUGCACAUACACACAAACCCCGGAGGGAUUUACUUAACAACUAAAAACAGGAAGUUGCUCACAUCCCACAUUCACAUUCCAAAGCCCACACACACACACACACACACACACACACACACACACACACACACACACACACACACACACACACACACACACACACAGCAGAAACAAAGAGGGAGGGGUGGAGGGGUGGACAAAUGAGAGAAAGAGAAAAAAAGGAAACAGCAAACCACUGCUUCAACGCUCAGCGCUCUGGAAUGAAUGGAAUACCGCUUGUGUCACUCAGUGCUCAUCUAUCAUUGGCUGAGAGGAAUUCCGUGGGCGGGAAGGAAUGCUGUGAUAGGCUGGAAAGGAACGCCGGUCUGUUUGAAUUGGACCGGGUUCAAGCUGCUGUGUAAUUUAAUAUCGCAGUGACUAACAGACUCCUUCCUCUUCUCGAGUCAGUGAUAAAAAAAAUAGUUUCACUGACGGGAAAGCUGGCGAGCCGGAUCCUCCCUCUGAGGCUUUCUUCAUUCAUUUAAAGAAGCAUGUGGGUACAACAAACUGAAUCAUCGGAAAUAUUAAUCUGAUUACAGAGACACAACAGAGUUACAAGAAGGCGUUGUGUUCAUGUUAGGGUCAAACAAGAUGACAAAGAGGCUACAGGACAGAAAAAUAAAGAAUACGAUUUCAGUUCAAACAAAAGACUCUUACACCUUUAAAACAAAGCCCAACCCUGUUCACAGACGAGUGUCUAUAUCAUUUACUCCAAUAUUAUGAUAAAUGCUUGUCUAUGACCUUUUGACAAUGAUGCACACAAGUUAAACUGUGAUUAAUGAAGGUUUUCGUCAUUGAGGCAGGACCUCAAUUUCAGUGGCUGGGCUGACAGAAGUCUAAAUUCAUUAUCUUCCCCCCACUGUGCAUGAAAUCUGUCUCCCAAAACCAGACCAGGACCCCGCUGGUGUCCUACUGUCUGAGGAAAAUACAGCAAAAUUACCUUUGGAUGCUCAAGUGGAAGUCAAAACGUUAUAAAGCGCCCUCUCUGGUGUUCAACAUAAAACAAUACCCAGCAGCUCAAAUGUAAACAAAGUGCGUCACAAAGACUAUUCCUAUGAUCGAAUGUAAACAAAAGGCCUUACGAAGAAUAUUUUACUAAUAUUCUAAUGCCCCUCUGGGUGCUCUUUUAUUGUAUCAGUGUGAACAGAGUGCCCUGUGGAUGCUCUUUCACUGGAUAAGUGUAAACAGAGCACCCUCUGGAUGAUCUUUUAUUGGAUAAGUGUAAACAAAGAACCCUAGGGAUGCUCUUAACAAAGAAUCCUAUGGAUACUGUUUUACUGGAUAAGUGUAAACAAAGAACCCUGUGGAUGCUGUUUUACUGGAUAAGUGUAAACAGAGUGUCCUCUGGAUGUUCUUUUACUAUAGCAGUGUAAACAAAGCACCCUAUGGAUGCUCUUUUACUGGAUUAGUGUAAACACAGCGCCCUCUGAAUGAUUUUUUUACUGGAUCAAUAUAAACAAAGCACCCUAUGGAUGCUCUUUUACUGGAUUAGUGUAAACACAGCGCCCACUGAAUUAUUUUUUUACUGGAUCAAUAUAAACAAAGCACCCUUUGGAUGCUGUUUUACGAAAUCAGUGUAAACAGAGCGCCCUCUGAAUGCUUUUUUAAGGAGAUAAACAGUAAACAAAGUGUAUUUUGAGGCCUCUCUGGCUAAUGAAAUGUGAUGUAUAAUCCAUAAAAAUUGUCUUUGGAUGUUUUUCCCACAAAUUUCAGGAACACCUUGUAAACAUCAUUUAGACUUUUAAUACAAACAAACUAAUUAGAUUUAGUCUGAAGUUUAAAAACACCAGAAUAAACCUUUAAAUACUGAGUUCGGUCAUUUGGCAUGUUUCUGUUAUUAGCAGCUUGUGUGACCCUCACAGUGAUUCAACAUCACUUUCACACACGAUCAGCUAUGGCUAUAUUUCUCGCUGUGUGACACGCGCAUGCUGUUAUGAGCGUCAUCAUUAGUGUCGCUUGACCUCUGACCUCUGUGCUUACUCCCAUUAGCUUUUGGCACAUACAGACACACACAGAGCAGGUCCCGACCCUAUCCCACUGAGAUCACUGGGGGUCACUGUGGAUCAGAGGGUGAUGGGAUUUAAAGACAAAGACAUUCAGACGUGAGGGGAUGAAGAGGAGAGAGAGAGAACGGAAAAACCCAAGUGUUUAUCCAAGAUUUAUCCAAGUCAUGGUAGAACAGAAAAAGAAUAAACAUAAAAACUUAUAAUAUUAGAUUAGUCAAAUUAACUUACACAAGUACCAGGGUAUAUGUCGUUAUUGGCUAAGGAAAUCUAAUCUGGAAAUUAUUGAUUUAUUCAGAUUAAUGUCAGUUUUCUGUUUCAUGGUUUUUACUGUUACUGUUUCUGAAGUGUUAAAGGAGAGCUGCACAGUUAUAGGGUUGCAGUCUUACCUUUAAUUAUGGACGUACUUUGAGUUUUUGGAGUCAGACCUUUAACUCAUGACCUCUGUUAUCCCUGCUGCAGUUAUUCUUAAACAGAACUAGUUAUUUAAUAUUUGUACAUAUCAACAUAUUCUGAACCCAAUGUACAUCAGCUCUGUGUUUAAAGAUCUGAAAACUUGAUGCAUGUUAUUGUCUUGAAAUGAAUGUUCAUACCAGCAGAUAUGAUCAUUUCUGCAAGUCUAUUAUUGGUCAAACAGCUGAUGCAUGGAUUAUGAGUGCACAGUGACAACAUGUUGGUUGUUUGCAAGUUACUCUAACUGAAUGUCUAUGGUGGAAAAUUAAUACAGAAUAAAAAGAAUUAAUACAGAAAAAACACAAAUGAUGAGUUCAGUUAAAGGACGGGAAAGUUUGGUGAGAAGAGAAAGAAAGGAUUCAUCUCAGCGGUGAAGCCUUUUCACCUAUUCAUGCUUUCACUUAUUCAUUCAUGCAUUCACUCACAAAGAUGCUUUAGUGUGAAUCUGCCUGUCUGUGUGUUGACCCCUGCUUGUGUUUGCAGAUCUUUAACUCGCUGCUGACCUUUGACCUCUGCCUGAGUGUGUCUGUAAUGAUUACCUCUCACUAAACGAUCACUCUGUCAGAUUACUGAUCCAGCUUUGAUCAGAAAUCUGGACUUUUACAACCCAAAACUCAAAGUUAAAUUCGAACUUUAAGAGAUCACGCCCUUCUUAUAGCCCCGCCCACUGCUCCAUCUCUCCCUGUCAUUGUGUCCCUCUCUUUUUCUCACACUAAUCCGUUCAUCGUCUGUCUCUGUCAGGCUGAAGACUGUCAUAACAAACCGAGGGAGUCUCAUUUGUCUGCAGGACUCAUGUUUACACAGCUCUCUCUCUUUCAUUCAUUCAUUCAUGCUCUCUGUUUUUCUUUGGUUGCUGUUUGGGGUUUUUCCUCUCAGGCUCUGAUGGUACUAUAUGUGAGGGUACGUGAGUUAAUGGGGGCAUGUGUGUUUUAAGGACAGGGUGGAGGACACACCCUCAUAAGGGUAAAAAAACAGAUUUAAAUCAGCCUUAAAAUAAUAAUAAACUCUCUCUUUGUCGAUCUGAACAGAUCUGGGAUGCUGUUUUGUUUAAACCACAAUGCAGGAUCAGUGUCAGAUAUCGAUCAGAACAGUUCUUCAAGCUGAGGAGGAAAGCGCAGGAAGACAGUGAAGUAGGACAAACACAGUUAUCAUGAUGCAGAUAAGAAUGAUCGUUUAUGGUUGUUUGGUGGUCUCCUGCUCCUCAGAGACCAGCUCCUAGAGUCUAAAUCUUGUCCCAUUCUGGCCUGAAAGACGAUUUCAGCUGCUCAACAGUUCAGUCUCCUUGGCCCUGUUUUUGGGGUCAUGGUGCUCCAAAUGUUUUCAAUUAGGGACAAGUCAGGACUGCAUCAGUCCAGGACUUUUCUCCUACAGAGCCAUUCAGUUGCAAUCCCUGUUGUCAGAAUGUGGUUUGGGAUCAUAUGAAGAUCUUCCCUGAAAAAGUCUCUGUCUGGAUGGCAGCAGAUGUUGCUCCUAAACCUGGAGAAUUUGUUUAUAACCGAGGAUGCAGCAUCUAUGAUUUCCAGUUCUUUAUUGAAAGGGUAACUGGACUUACUUGGAAUGUUUUGUCUUAGUCCCAAGUCCAGUUGUCUUUUCCAAAAGAGCGUUAGAUUUUGAUUGAUCAGACCUCAGGACAGGACAAGUGAUAUUAAGCCCAUGCAGUGACUCCAACUACAGAGUGAAAUAUGAAGGUCUUCUCUGAUUCAAUUCAAUUCAACUUUAUUUAUAUGGCACUUUUCAUACAAAAGGAAAUGCAAUUCAAAGUGCCUCACAGAGGCUAAAAACAACAAUAAUGACAAAAACCCAACCCUUCCACCCACACACACACCCAUGGACCCACACGCACACAAAGACACACACCCACCCUCACUCACUCACCCACACAUACACACACACACAACCGCACGCAGUGUGAGAAUUUAAGAUAUAUUGUUGAGACAUGAAGAGACAUGGCCUGACACCGAGACAUUACAGGAGGAAAGAGCUACCUUUAGGAAACACUGGAGAUAAAAAUAGAGAUAAAAAUGGUGAAAAGAGUAAAACCUGAUAUAAAUAAUAACUAAAAUAAGAAAUAAUAAUAAAAGUAAAAGGGGUAAAAGAAGUAAAAACCUGUGACGGGAAAUCAAAAAAAAAAGACUAAGAACAGAGAUAAUGAAUAGAAUAACAUAAAAUAAACACUAAGGACUUUGAUUAAAUUGAACAUUUACAAUAAGAGAAAUAUAAAAGGCAAUCAGUAAAAAGCCUGGCUAAAAAUGUGAGUCUUGAGCCUCUUCUUAAAAUUAUCAACAGUCUCUGGGGCCCUUAGGCUGUCCGGCAGGCUGUUCCACAACCAGGGACCAUAAAAACUGAAAGCGGCCUCCCCGUGCGUUUUUGUUUUGACUCUGGGUAAGGUUAAAAGGCGUGUGCCGGAGGACCUCAGGGUCUGCGAGAGUUGAUAUGGUAAAAGUAAAUCAGAUAAAUAGGAGGGGCCAAGACCAUUAAUACAUCUAAAAACUAUUAAAAGAACCUUAAAAUCAAUCCUGACGGGGAGCCAAUGGAGCGAUGCUAAAACUGGCGCUAUAUGCUCUCGCCCUCUGGCCCUUGUCAGCACUCUUGCAGCUGAAUUCUGUAAUAGCUGAAGUGUAUGUAAGUUCUUCUUUGGGAGGCCAGAGAGCAGGGCAUUACAAUAAUCUAAACAAGAGGAGAUAAAAGCAUGCAUCAGCACCUCCGUGCUGGCCUGGGAGAGAAAUGGUUGGACUCUGGCUAUGUUCUUAAGGUGGUAAAAAUCUACCUUUGCUAUGUUUUUGAUGUGUGGAAUAAAACUGAGCUCAGAGUCGAAAAUUACACCCAGGUUUUUUACAGAUGUUGAUACUUUAAAAUCUUGUCUUUUUGGUAAAAGUGUCUCUCUCUGGCCUUCAGGACCAAUAACUAAAACCUCAGUUUUGUUCUGGUUGAGCUGCAGGAAGAUGGCUGCCAUCCAGGACUUGAUGUCUAAAAUGGGGAAGCGAAGGGAGCGGAGGAGGAGAGCAUCGAGGCACACCUGUCUGCCAUGGUGGAAGCACUCGCCGCUCCGGUGUGGGGAGCAGGGGGGAGUCCUGCUCAUCCAGAGGGCUGAAGCUAUUGGAAAGAAGAAUUCCAACGGAAUGACGGUGUGGAGGGGAUUUCUUCUUCAGCCUGGUGUUGCUUUUUACCGGGAUCCAUGGACCAGGAGUGGAGUUACACGAUUUUGGUUUGGGAGUAAAAUAACCAUGAGGCGCCUUGGGCUUAGCACCCUCCUGCAGCCAACGGGCUUCAGCGCCUCUAGUUGGAGGCUGAGUCACCGGGAUGUUAGGAUGGCCUCAACUUUAUCUUAA